CGAUUAACCCAGAAACCCUCAGAUCCCGGCCCAGAUCCCGAUGAAGAAGCCUCGCAGAUCCUCCCCCACCGCAACUUCCUCAGGUUCUGCGGCUGCUCCGCCGCCAUCAUCCUCAUGGCCGCCAUGCUCUUCCUCAUCCUCCUCUUCACCGCCUUCCGAAUCAAGGUCCCACACGUCGCCGUCGCCAGGGUCACCAGCGCCGGGCCUCAGACCCUCAACCGCCUCCGCAACGGGACCGCCACGGUUCUCGCCGACGUCAAGGUGAGGAACCCGAAUGCGGCGGCGUUCAGGUUCGGCGGCGGUGAGGCGACGAUUUACUACGGGGAGACGGUGGUGGGGGAGGCGGCAACACCGCCGGGGAGGGCGAAGGCGAGGGGGACGGUCCAUAUGAGCGUGGCGGUGGAGAUUUUGGGUAGAAGUUAUCCGGUGUGUCGCGGCUCACGGAGGACGUUAAAUCCGGGUCGUUGA